GCCCAAAAAAAUUCUCCCUUUGGCACUGUAGUAGUUACUGUAACCGCCACAGAUGCUGACGAUGGACAAAAUGGGGACGUGAUGUAUGAAUUCGGACCUAUCUCUAAUGAAUUGAAUUACUUGUUUUCUCUUGACCCUAAAACUGGAGACAUCAGCAUAGCAGGACAGGUGGAUUUCGAAAAAGAGUCGAUUUAUGAGUUGAGUAUCCAAGCCAAAGACGGCUCAGGUUUGACAUCGUUUGCCAACGUGGUCAUAGAAAUUACAGAUAUGAAUGACAAUGCACCAGUAAUAUAUAUCAAAUCACUUAGCAAUCCAAUCCCUGAGAAUGUUUUACUUGGUACAGAGGUGGGCAUAAUUCAAGUACAGGAUAAAGACUCGGAGGGAAAUAGACAGGUCCGCGUCUCCAUUCAACAAAAUGUUCCUUUCAAAUUAAACCCGUCUAUCAAAAACUACUUUUCUCUGGUAACAACUAGUGAAUUGGACCGAGAGAUAAUAUCAGAUUAUAACAUAACUAUCAUUGCCACUGACGAGGGGACUCCACCUUUAUCCUCCUCAAAGAUCAUUCAUUUAUCUGUGUCAGACGUGAACGACAACCCACCUGUGUUUGAAGAACAAUCCUACAGCACCUAUGUGACUGAAAAUAACAAGCCUGGCUUCUCUAUGUGUUCUGUUACUGCCAGAGACCAAGACUGGAGACAGAACGGUAUGGUGGUCUAUUCUCUAUUGCACAGUGAGAUCAACGGUGUUCCGGUGUCCUCAUUUUUAUCCAUCAACGGAGACACGGGGGUAAUCCAUGCUGUGAGAGCAUUUGAUUAUGAGCAGUUUAGGAGCUUCAAAGUCCACGUUGUAGCCAGAGACAAUGGUUCUCCUCCACUCAGCAGUAACGUGACUGUGAGUGUCUUCAUAACAGAUGAGAAUGAUAACUCUCCCCAGAUAUUAUACCCUGCUCCAGCAGGGAACUCCUUGAUGACUGAGAUGGUCCCCAAAGCUGCUCUGGCUGGGUCCCUGGUUUCCAAGGUGAUAGCUGUGGAUGCUGACUCUGGACAGAACGCUUGGCUGUCAUAUCAGAUCGUGAAAUCGAUUGAUCCGGGACUUUUCACUAUUGGUCUCCACAGUGGAGAGAUCAGGGCACAGCGGGACAUUUCUGAUUCUGACAGUAUGAAGCAGAACCUUGUUAUAUCAGUGAAAGAUAACGGACAGCCCUCUCUCUCUACAACCUGUGAUGUAUAUUUACUCAUAUCAGAUAACUUGGCUGAAGUUCCAGAACUGAAAGACAUGGCUUAUGAGGAUAGUUCCAAACUAACUUCCUAUUUGAUCAUCGGUCUGGUCUCUGUCUCCACCUUUUUCCUGACUUUCAUUAUUCUCAUCCUGGCCGUGAGGUUCUGCCGCAGUAGAAAGCCUAGAAUGUUGUUUGAUGGAGCAGUCGCCAUUCCUAGCGCGUAUUUCCCUCCCAACUAUGCAGAGGUGGAUGGAACUGGAACUCUGCGCAGUUCUAACAAUUAUGACGCAUACCUGACAACGGGCUCACGCACCAGUGACUUUAAGUUUGUCAGAUCUUACAAUGACAACACGCUGCCUGCUGACCAGACACUGAUGAACAACCUAAAUUAACCUUUUGGAGAAAACAUUAUCACGUUCAUCACCGUGGGGGAGUGUGAGGUGAGAUUUCAUAGCUUGUGAAAAACUGAAAUGCUUUUGAUCCAAUCGUGAAGCUGUCUAACUAACCAUGUGCAUAUAUCUCAUGUAUCUGUACAACUAACCAUGUGCAUAUAUCU